AUGGCUGCACGUGUCGCUCCCAUGGAUCCCUUCUGCACCAGUCACAGCGGCUCCGGGGCGCAUGCGCGUGACAAAUCUGAUACAUUUCUUGUCUUGCCUCAUCGUUUAUACAGUUUUUACCAAGUGACAACAAUGCACUGUCACUCUUUCGUGCUGCUGUUGUUUGCUGUGGGGAUAUCAGCCGUGGAAGUUCACCGACCAAGGGGAGUCCCUUUAUCAAAACGACCAUUCUACGAGGAAGGGAAGCCUUUUACCUGCUUGGACGGCUCCCGCACAGUCCCGUUCAACAGAGUGAAUGAUGACUAUUGUGACUGCCCCGAUGGUUCAGAUGAGCCAGGCACCUCUGCUUGUCCCAAUGGUCAUUUCCACUGCACAAAUGCAGGUUUCAGACCUGGUUUCAUUCCGUCCUCUCGUGUCAAUGAUGGCAUCUGUGACUGUUGUGACACCACUGACGAGUACAACAGCGGUUCGAACUGUCAGAACACAUGCAAGGAGUUGGGACGCAAGGAGAGGGAAAGCCUUCAAAAGCUAGCUGAAGUUGCUAAAGAGGGAUUUUUGCUUAAGCAGCAACUCAUCCAGGAGGCUAAAAGGGGUAUAGAAGAGAAGAAGGCCAAAUUGGCUGAGGUUGAAGUCGGUAAAAAGGAUAUGGAUGCAAAGGUAGAGGCUUUGAGAUCCGUCAAAGAAGUUGCAGAGAAGCCUGAGAAAGAAGCUAAAGAGCGCCAUCUCAAGGCAUGGGAAGACCAAAAGGCGGUCAUUCGCAUGGAAAAAGAUAAAGCUAAGAUGGCUGAGGUGUUUGCUGAACUAGAUGAUGAUGCAGAUGGCAGCAUCUCAGUUGCAGAGCUUCUCACUCACCAAGAGCUUGACCCAGAUUCAGAUGGAUCUUUUAUUGACGUUGAAGCUCAGGUUUUGCUGGGAGUGGACAGAGUUGACCUAGCUGCUUUUGAGACUGUUUGGAAUAGCAUCAAAGACAAGUACAUUUCUGAGACCAAACCAAAUACUCCCAUAGAGACACCACAGGAGGAUAUUAAGGAACCACCAACAACUGACGACUCAGAGCAAUACCCUGACGAAGACAUCCCAGAGGAAGAGGACGAUGAAGAGGAUGAUGAUGAGGAGGAUGAAGAUUCGGAUGAUUAUAAAAGCCCUCCCACAACGCAAACUCAAGAAAAGAAGCCUGACGAAGACGAUGAAGGAACUAUGCCACCCUACGAUGAAGAAACGCAGCAGCUCAUCGACGUUGCUCAGAAAGCAAGAGAUGAAUUUGAUGAGGCUGAGAGAGCUCUCCGGGAAGUAGAUGAUCAGAUCAGAAACAUUGAAAAGGAAAUCUCCUUUGACUUCGGACCCAACGCUGAGUUUGCAUACAUGUACAGCCAGUGUUACGAGUUGACGACUGGAGAGUACGUUUACAAGCUCUGCCCAUUCAACAGAGUAUCCCAAAAGCCUAAAUUUGGUGGAUCGGAAACUAACCUUGGUACAUGGGGAAAAUGGGCAGGCCCUGAGGAUAACAUCUACGCUGUGAUGAAAUAUGAACAUGGGACCGGCUGCUGGCAGGGACCAAAUAGGUCCACUACGGUGAAGCUAACUUGUGGAACAGAAACGGUCACGAUCAUGAUGAACUGUAGGAGUGAUGCAUCGAUUUCUCAAACCAGAGGGACCACAGGGACUACAGCCAAGGCGCCUUCUAGACCUCACUCUCAUCAAAUGAUUCCAUGA